AUGUUUUUUUUUCAAGGCAACACUGUCCCGAGGGGCUACGACCACCUAGUUUACUGUCAGUACAAUGGCGAGGCCUGUUCCUUCGUGAACUUCACGGAGCUGGUGCAUCUACGAUACAUCCAGUGCUUCACUUUCACUCCGCAAAAUCGCAAAUUAGCGGGCGAUCGGGGUCUGACCUUUGUAUAUGCAAGUCAACGUGCUGGUACGCCCUUCAUGCUGUUGAACGACUUGGAGGUAGUUGAUUCCCCGCCCACCCUUUCUCCAGAUUGUUGUAACUAA